GACGCAACUCUCAGGGAUGCUUCCGGUGAGGAAACAUGGCCGCGACUGGCUGCGACCCACGUGUGAGUGCGGGGAAAAAGCUGAAAAAUUCACUAAAGAAGAAGAAGAAGAUGAAAAUGGUAGCCAGGUCCGUAGCAUCGGAGCUGGAGGAUGAGGACAAAGACGCUGCUGACGUUGGAGGUCCGGUAGGAAUCUGUAGAUCAGAGAAGGAUCACUUUUCUUCUGAUGAUGAAGCCAUAGAAGCUGAUAAUGAAGAUGAACUUGACCCCCACGACAAUAACAAUGAAAAUGCCGCAGAAGCUAGUGUUGGAUCCAGUGCGGGCUGGGCAGAUGCCAUGGCUAAAAUCCUUAACAAAAAGACCCCUAAAAGUAAACCUGCCAUUUUGGUCAAAAACAAAGAGCUGGAUAAGGAAAAAGAAAAGUUAAAGCAAGAAAGACUAGAGAAAAGAAAACAGCUUGAUAAGAAGCGGGAGUGGGAAAUGAUGUGCAGAGUAAAGCCAGAUGUUGUCAAAGACAAAGAAACGGAGAGAAAUCUUCAGAGAAUUGCAACGAGGGGUGUGGUGCAGUUAUUUAAUGCUGUUCAGAAGCAUCAGAAGAACGUUGAUGAAAAGGUUAAGGAGGCGGGAGGCUCCAUUAGAAAGCAUGCUAAGCUGAUAUCAACGGUUUCCAAGAAAGACUUCAUCAGCGUUCUGAGAGGGAUGGACGGAAGCACAAACGCGACAAGUUCGACGGGAAAGAACUCAAAAGCCAGACAGACUGAAGUGAAAGAAGAGGGCCCCGGAUGGACCAUCCUACGUGAUGAUUUCAUGAUGGGAGCCUCCAUGAAAGACUGGGACAAAGAAAGUGAUGGAGCGGCAAGCGACUCUUGACACACAAAGCUCCACAGAACACACAGCGUACAGCCAUUUUGUUUUUCCCAGCAAAAUCCUCAUGCUCUGAAAGUUGGGGAAUUACAAGGAUACUGUUUCUGAGCAAACCAAAAGACUUUUUACGAUAACGAACUUUGAUUUUCCACAUUAAAAAAAUUGUGUUUUCAGACUUGGUGUAAUUUUAAGCAUUGUUCCUCAAGAUAUUUGUAAAAAGAAAUAUUUCUCCUUGUCCAAUGAGAUGCACAUUUUGCCAGGAUCAUUUUAGGUUUACAUUAUUGGUCGUGGAUAUUGGUGUUUUGUUUCACUGUUUCUAGAAACGCAAUACUCUGCAUAAUUAAAAGGAACUCCUUGAAAUUAGUAUUUUUCAGCCUUCCAACUUACAGACCUAUGUGUUUAUAGUUUUUUGGGGAAAAGUUGGUGUUUGUUUUGGUGAGCUAUUGAGAAAACUUCUGUAGAAAAAUUUAAAUUACAGUAUUUCUGAUUUGGGGUGAUAAUUUUAAUUUUUAGAUAUUCUGGCAAAUACGAUAUAAGAAACAAACCGAAUCUCUACUUUUCUAUUACUUCCUUUUCCACACUAAGUAAUGUACAUAAAUAAUGACUUAGAUUUAUUUUUAAGUGUUAGGUUAUUUUUGUAUGAGAAAUUUACUGAGAUGGAAAUUCCCAUGUUUAACUUACGCAGUGAGGUAAUUUCUUAGGAAGCAUAUUUGACAGAUUUUAGUAGUAAUAGUUGUUGUUGUUGUUCUUCAUCAUCAUCUUUUUCUUCCUCUUUCUCUUCCCCUUCCUCUUCUAACAUUUAAGUUACCUUAAAUUCUUUUAUGGUCUGACUGGCCAGUGAAAUAGUAGAAUUAGACAACAGGUGGUCUACAUGAGAAUAUUGCAUCUGAUUUGAGACUUGAUUCCUUCUUGUUGCCUUAAAGAUUACUAAAUUAAUGGAGUUUUAGUAUCUAGCUGUUAAAUAAAAAGAAGAGAAAGAAAGGCUAGUUUUAUUCCAAAAUUUCUGUGAAACUGGGUCUAGGAUCUAAAGUUUGUAGGGGAAUUAUUUAAUAAAUGUGAUCUGGUUUUUUCUAA